GGGACUGAGCUUUCUACCAGCAAGACUUAUGUACACGGGGGAGGUUGGCCCUUGGUGUGCGGCGAACGAAAUGGAGGCUGCAGGAACCGCGUCCCUCUUUCUAGACCACACAGCAGCCGCAGAAGUGCGCAUAUCGUUGAUAGAGGGAACCUAUGUUUGUAUCCGGGUUACCCCGCUGGACCUUGACGGCGAUACGAUUGGAACAGGAAGCGCCAGUAUGCACCUCGCUGCAGCAACCAGUAGCAGUGCGGCGAUGCUUCCUGCCUCUUCAAAAUUACGACACAUGCCUGUCUUCUUCCACUACUGCCGAUAUGACAGCAUUUUUUUCGCAAGUGAUGAGGAGGCUUUAGCAACUCAGGUAGGGCCGGAGCAAAGAGGGGGAUCAGCUUCGCACAGGGAAGCUGUACUGGAACAAGAGAAGCAAGACUUGCUCAGGCAACUAAAGACUCAGACAAACUGGCCGCACACCAGAGGCGGAAAGGUAGUAGCUAAUGAUGGUGGGAUGGAAAUCGAGGAGCAGCGGAUUUGGCAGCAACGAGGUGUCGCAAUUGCGAAACUCGUGGAUUUCGAUCUCGCGAAUCCUGACAGACCUCAUGUGCAACUGAGCAGGCAAAACCUGGCUUUACAACCUGAAGAUCAUGAGCAUCAGGUCUAUGCAACCACCUCCUGCUCUUCACCUGGAGAUCCACAUCAAGAAACCGCGCACGAUCAACAAAAACUGGGCUUGCCCUCAAUAUUUGCCCCUGGCUUCGCGUACAAAACGAGCCGGCAGUGUCCUUGUGACCUCGCACGAGAACUGCAUCGGGAAUCGGUGUGCGUUGCGCGGCAUCUCCGGAAGGAGCGAAUGAGUUCGACGUGUGUGGGACGGCAACAAUCCUACACAUUCUUCUACCGCUCGCGCGAAGACAUGCUCUUAGCCCGAAAGUCUGCGGGAAGUUGGACAGGAAGAGCGAUUCAGCAACAACGCCGAGGCGGCUCAGCGUUCCUCAAUGAACAUGGUAAAGUGGUCGGCGCGCUGGCUGCCAGUACGAGCGCGAUCGCUUCCGGGCUUGGGCCUGCCGGCGCGGCUUCGAAGACUUCUAUGUUGUUGUAUCCGAGAACCCAAAAGAAUGCCACAAUGGCAACAUCAUCCGGUCCGUUGCAUGGGUCGUUGUACAAUGGUAAAAACGCACAUCCUCAUCUUGUACUUGAUCAUCGUCGUUCUUCAUCGGGCGCUGCAGAAGGAGUAGCGGGAAUUCUUUCUCAUACCUUAGAUUUGCGAUAUCUCGAAAUCUCCAUACACGAAAGCUCACUUUUUCGUGCUCCGCGUCGUAUCCUGUACCACCUUCGGGCACACGACCCGGCGAAAAGGAGGACGAAGUAUUGCUCGCUAACGCAGCGUGAGCUUUUCAUCGCGUUUGGCGAGACUCAUCUUAGUUGCGGUUUGCUGCAAUUGCUACGUAACGCGCGCUGCUCGGCGAGUGCAUCGGAUGCGAUGCACGCUAGAAUCACCAAUCUUGCUCACCUUAUCUUCAACAACGAACAUCUUCAGCAGGAGGAUGAAAUCAAAACAAGUAAACAAGGUGUUCACCCACUGCAAAAUCAGGCUGAACACGAGCCGAAUCUUCAAGAAGUACAAGAGUUGCAAGAACCCUUAGGAAUAAACAAGGCGCACAGCAGUAACCACGAAGAUUCUGACUCCGAUAAUGUGGGGUCUCAGAAGGCUGCAGCUCAAGUCCUGUUACCACCACCACUGCCGAUUCGACUGCGCGAACUGAACAAGGAAAGGCGGCAGGCGACCUGCCUCCAAGUGAGUUUAGUCGGGGGUCGAGUUCAUGAUAUCGAAAUCGUCGCGAGAACCAUGUCCUCUUCUGGGUCGCUUAUAGAAAAGUAA